CAGUGUGGGAAGAGCUUCAGGUUCCUGAGUUUUCUCAAAAUACACCAGCGCAUCCACACUGGAGAGAAACCGUAUCAGUGCUCACAGUGUGGAAAGAGUUUUAUUACACAGAGUGAUCUAAAAAAACACCAGCGCAUUCACACUGGAGAAAAACCGUAUUUCUGCUCACAGUGUGGGAAGCGUUUUAAUGCACAGAGUAAGCUCAAAAUACAUCAGCGCAUUCACACUGGAGAGAAACCGUAUCAGUGCUCACAGUGUGGAAAGAGUUUUAAUACAAAGUGUGAGCUCAAAAUACACCAGCGCAUUCACAGUGGACAGAAACCGUAUCAGUGCUCACAGUGUGGAAAGAGUUUUAAUCAACAGGGUCAUCUCAAAACACACCAGCGCAUUCACAGUGGAGAGAAACCGUAUCAGUGCUCACAGUGUGGGAAGGGUUUUAAUACAAAGAGUGAUCUGAAAAAACACCAGCACAUUCACACUGGAGAGAAACCGUAUCAGUGCUCACAGUGCGGAAAAAGUUUUAAUCAACAGAGUCAUAUCAAAAUCCACCAGCGCAUUCACACUGGAGAGAAACCGUAUCAGUGCUCACAAUGUGGUAGGGGUUUUAAUACAAAGAAUGAUCUCAUAACCCACCAGCGCAUUCACACCGGAGAGAAACCAUAUCAGUGCUCACAGUGUGGAAAGAGUUUUAAUACAAAGAGUGAGGUUAAAAUACACCAGCGCAUUCACACUGGAGAGAAACCGUAUCAGUGCUCACAGUGUGGGAAGAGUUUUAUUCAACUGAGUCAUCUCAAAAUCCACCAGCGCAUUCACACUGGAGAGAAACCGUAUCAGUGCUCACAGUGUGGGAAGAGUUUUAAUCAACAGAGUCAUUUCAAAAUCCACCAGCGCAUUCACACAGGAGAGAAACCGUAUCAGUGCUCACAUUGUGGGAAGAAUUUUUCUAUGCAGAGUAAUCUCAAACAACACCAGCGCAUUCAUACAGGAGAGAAGCCAUAUCACUGCUCAGAGUGUGGGAAGAGUUUUACUACGCAGAGUAAUCUCCAACGACACCAGCGCAUUCACACAGGAGAGAAGCCAUAUCACUGCUUAGAGUGUGGAAGCAGUUUUUCUCAACAGAAUACACUCCAAAAACACCAGCGCAUUCACACAGGAGAAAAGCCAUAUCGCUGCUCAGAGUGUGGAAGCAGUUUUUCUCAACAGAAUACACUCAAAAAACACCAGCGCAUUCACACAGGAGAGAAGCCAUUUCAGUGUUCAGAGUGUGAAAAGAGUUUUACUCAAAGUAGUGACCUUAAAGUACACCAGCGUGUUCACACAGGAGAGAAACCUUAUCACUGCUCAGAGUGUGGGAAGAGUUUUGCUAACAGUAAUGCUCUUAAAGUACACCAGCAUGUUCACACAGGAGAGAAACCAUAUUACUGCUCAGAGUGUGGAAAGAGUUUUAUUCAAAGUAGUGACCUUAAAGUACACCAGCGUGUUCACACUGGAGAAAAGCCGUAUCACUGCUCAGAGUGUGGAAAGAGUUUUGCUCAACAGGUUAACCUUAAAAAACACCAGCGUAUUCACACAGGAGAGAAACCAUAUUACUGCUCAGAGUGUGAAAAGAGUUUUGCUUACAGUGAUGCUCUUAAAGUACAUCAGCGUAUUCACACAGGAGAGAAA